UCAAAAGGAUUAAUGCCUGCAUUAUCAUUUCUGCACUAAAACAGAAAGCUAAGAGGGGGAGGCCACAGACACCUCAAACCUGGAUUCCACAAUUCCACAGUAAGUGCUGGAGUUCUGACUGCCCUGCUGUAGGAACGCCUUUGCCAAUGCUUACAAGGAACUGCCUGUCCCUGCUUCUCUGGGUCCUGUUUGAUGGAGGCCUCCUAACACCGCUCCCACCGCAGCUACAGCAGACUUUAGCCACAGAGCCACGAGAGAAUGUUCUCCACCUGCCAGGGCGGCGGCUGCAUUUCCAACGAGUUAAACGUGGCUGGGUAUGGAAUCAGUUCUUUGUGCUGGAAGAAUACAUGGGCUCCGAACCUCAGUACGUGGGAAAGCUCCAUUCUGACUUAGAUAAGGGAGAGGGCACUGUUAAAUACACCCUCUCUGGAGAUGGCGCUGGCACCGUUUUUACCAUUGAUGAAACUACAGGGGACAUUCAUGCAAUAAGGAGCCUGGAUAGAGAAGAAAAACCUUUCUACACGCUUCGUGCUCAGGCUGUGGACAUAGAAACCAGGAAGCCCCUGGAGCCUGAAUCAGAAUUCAUCAUCAAAGUGCAGGAUAUUAAUGAUAAUGAGCCAAAGUUUUUGGAUGGACCAUAUGUUGCUAGUGUCCCAGAAAUGUCUCCUGUGGGUGCAUAUGUGCUCCAGGUCAAGGCCACGGAUGCAGAUGACCCAACCUAUGGAAACAGUGCUCGAGUCGUUUACAGCAUUCUUCAGGGACAACCUUAUUUCUCUAUUGAUCCCAAGACAGGUGUUAUUAGAACAGCUUUGCCAAACAUGGACAGGGAGGUCAAAGAACAAUACCAAGUCCUCAUCCAAGCCAAGGACAUGGGCGGACAACUGGGAGGGUUAGCCGGAACGACCAUAGUCAACAUCACCCUCACCGAUGUCAAUGACAAUCCGCCUCGAUUCCCCAAAAGCAUCUUCCAUCUGAAGGUUCCUGAAUCUUCUCCUAUUGGCUCAGCUAUUGGAAGAAUAAGAGCUGUGGAUCCUGACUUUGGACAAAAUGCAGAAAUUGAAUACAAUAUUGUCCCAGGAGAUGGGGGAAAUUUGUUUGACAUCGUCACAGAUGAGGAUACACAAGAAGGAAUCAUCAAAUUAAAAAAGCCAUUGGAUUUUGAAACAAAGAAGGCGUAUACUUUUAAAGUGGAAGCCUCCAACCUUCACCUUGACCACCGGUUUCACUCCGCGGGCCCCUUCAAAGACACGGCCACCGUGAAGAUCAGCGUGCUGGACGUGGAGGAGCCGCCGGUCUUCAGCAAGCCGCUCUACACCAUGGAGGUUUAUGAAGACACCCCCGUUGGCACCAUCAUUGGCGCCGUCACGGCACAAGACCUCGAUGUGGGCAGUAGUGCUGUUAGGUACUUCAUAGACUGGAAGAGUGAUGGGGACAGCUACUUUACAAUCGAUGGAACAGAAGGAACCAUCGCCACUAAUGAAUUGCUAGAUAGAGAAAGCACGGCACAGUAUAAUUUCUCCAUAAUUGCGCGUAAAGUUAGUAACACAUUAUUAACCAGCAAAGUCAGCAUAUUGAUUAAUGUCCUAGAUGUCAAUGAAUUUCCACCAGAAAUAGCUGUGCCAUAUGAAACAUCUGUAUGUGAAAAUGCCAAACCAGGACAGAUCAUUCAGUUAGUCAGCGCUGCUGACCGAGAUCUUUCCCCUGCGGGGCAGCACUUCUCCUUUAGAGUAUCACCUGAAGCUGCCAUCAAACCAAAUUUUACAGUCCGUGACUUCAGAAACAACACAGCUGGAAUUGAAGCCAGAAGAAAUGGAUACAGCCGGAGGCAACAAGAGCUGUAUUUCCUCCCUGUUGUGAUAGAAGACAGCAGCUAUCCUGUCCAGAGCAGCACUAGCACAAUGACUAUUCGAGUUUGUAGAUGUGACUCUGAUGGUACCAUCCUGUCUUGUAAUGUGGAAGCAAUUUUUCUACCUGUAGGACUUAGCACUGGGGCUUUGAUUGCAAUCCUGCUGUGCAUUGUUAUACUCUUAGUCAUAGUGGUCCUGUAUGUUGCUCUGCGAAGGCAGAAGAAGAAAGACACCCUGAUGACCUCUAAAGAAGACAUCAGAGACAACGUUAUCCAUUAUGACGAUGAAGGAGGCGGGGAGGAGGACACCCAGGCUUUUGACAUUGGUGCUCUGAGAAACCCAAAAGUGAUUGAAGAUAACAAAAUCCGCAGGGACAUAAAGCCAGACUCCCUCUGUUUACCUCGGCAGAGAGCCGCAGUGGAAGAUAACACAGACAUAAGGGAUUUCAUUCAUCAAAGGCUGCAGGAAAAUGAUGUGGACCCAACCGCCCCACCAUAUGAUUCGUUGGCAACAUAUGCCUACGAGGGAAACGGAUCUGUCGCAGACUCCCUCAGCUCCAUAGACUCUCUCACCUCGGAAGCUGACCAGGACUAUGACUAUCUGACAGACUGGGGCCCCCGCUUUAAAGUCUUGGCAGACAUGUUUGGCGAAGAAGAGAGUUAUAAUCCUGAUAAAGUCACUUAGGGGAGAAGCAAAGACUAUAUCAACAGGAGAAAUUUAAGAAGAAAAAAAAAGAAAGAAAUCACACACACA